UAUAAAACAACAUUUAUUUCGUUUCUGCUUUGCAUCUCUCCCCAUGAAUUGUAGUGGAUUCGUCCGGGGAAAAGGAAACGUGAAGAUAACGGAACAGUAUGGGAAUAAACGCCGUAACAGUUCCUCAUUCAUUCCGGCUAAUUAAAACUUAAAGACAACGAGUAUAUAUUAAAAACGAAGGUUUUGGUUAGGUAUCUGAAAUGUAAAAGGGAGCUAUCCUGGUUUUCUGGACAGAAGCUUUUUGAAGGAAAUCUUCUAUAAGUCCCAACAUGUCAGCACUGAGCUGUCUAGCAGAAAGUGCUAAACUUAGCUCAGCCCAGGUGUGGACUCGCUGAGCUCUUUGAUCUGCAUCUGUACUUGGUUCUGGACUCAUGUAAGACUGAGCAGAAGCAGAAUCAUGUCAGAAACCCUCCAGCUGCCCGCGCUGCAGAUCCAGGGCCCGGUAGAUGAGGAGUGCAACGGAUGCGAGGUGGAUUCGGCCCUAUCCAGCUCUUCUAGCCCUUCUCUGCGGCGUAAGCGCUUUAAAAUGCGCCGUAUGAAGAACGUCAUGAGCGAGAAAGAGCAACUGGAAAAGGAACAACUUCAGCGUUCCAGCUCCAAGGAGUACCUGCAGCUUCCGUCCAUUGAGAUCACGCCGUCCAGCGAUGAGGAUGCGGCAUGGUCGAGCUGUUCGACGCCCAGCGCCUCGCCCCAACGGAGACGCUUCCUCCUGCGCAAGUGGCUGAGAGGAGGCGAGAAAAAAGAGCACGGCAGUGAGAGCAGCAGUCAGCAGAGCAGUCUGCAGAGCAGCCAUGAGGAAGAGUCCACACGCUACCUGAGCCCCAACACACGCGACGACAGCACUGCCAGUAACUCGAACCGCAGCUCGCCAGCCUGCUCGCCUGUCCUGCAUAAACGCCUGCGCUCCCCAACGCCCCAGAGUCCAGAGGGAGAGAACAUGGUGGAAAAGAGCUCCGAUCAUUCCUCUGAUAAAGCCCCCUCCACCCCGGAACAGGCCAUCCAGCGCACCUACAGCCAGUCGCUUCACAGCACCCGCCCCGCAGGGAAGAACUCCAAAAAAAGUCAAAGCUGGUAUAACGUUUUGAGUCCCACAUACAAACAGCGAAAUGAAGACUUCAGGAAGCUCUUUAAGCAGCUGCCUGACACAGAGCGCCUCAUUGUGGACUACUCCUGUGCCCUGCAGAGAGAUAUCCUCCUGCAGGGUCGCCUCUACCUCUCUGAAAACUGGCUCUGCUUCUAUAGCAACAUAUUCCGCUGGGAAACGCUGCUGACUGUGAGGUUGAAAGAUGUUUGCUCCAUGACGAAAGAGAAGACGGCUAGACUCAUCCCCAAUGCCAUCCAGCUGUGCACAGAUGGUGAAAAGCACUUUUUUACCUCAUUCGGGGCAAGAGAUCGGACGUACAUGAUGAUGUUCAGACUCUGGCAAAAUGCCCUACUGGAAAAGCCAUUGUGUCCCAAAGAGCUGUGGCACUUUGUCCAUCAGUGUUAUGGGAAUGAACUGGGUCUGACCAGUGAUGAUGAAGAUUAUGUACCUCCUGAUGACGAUUUCAACACCAUGGGGUACUGUGAGGAGAUUCCCACAGAAGAGAACGAGACCAAUGACAACUGCCCCAAAACCCCAGACGCCAAAAUGGACAUCAGCCCCCAGCUCCAUAGGAGGGUUUUCCCAAACAACAGUCUGAAUUCCACGGACAGCACAGAGCACGGGCUGGUCAACUUUGAGGUGCCCCCAGUGGAGGACUGUAGUGGCUGUGUCCCUGAAGACCUCCUACCUCUGCCGUUACCUGACAACAAGCUGCCAGAGACUAGUGGCUCCGCCCAUGUCCCCACCCCCUCACCCUCCCUUGACUUCAACGACAAUGAGGACCUCCCCACUGAACUCAGCGACUCGUCGGAAACGCACGAUGAGGGGGAAGUGCAAGCCUUCCAGGAAGAUCUGAAUGGGAAACUGUACAUUAACGAAGUGUACAAGUUCAGUGUGGAUAAACUGCAUGACAUCCUCUUCACUGAAUCCCAGUUCAUGAGAGAGUUUCUGGAGCAGAGACGCUUUUCAGACGUGGUCUAUCACCCGUGGAAGAAAGAGGACACUGGUAAUCAGACCAGAGAGAUCAUGUACACCGUCUCCCUCUCCAAUCCACUGGCCCCAAAGACGGCCGCAGUCACAGAGACGCAGACUUUGCACAAGGCCAGUCAAGUGAGCGAGUGCUACAUCAUCGACGCCGAGGUGAUUACUCACAACGUCCCGUAUCACGAUUACUUUUACACGCUCAACCGCUACAUGCUCACCAGAGUCGCCAAGAACAAGUGCCGCCUGAGGGUAUCAGCUGAGCUACGCUACAGGAAGCAGCCAUGGGGACUGGUCAAGGGCUUCAUUGAGCGAAACUUCUGGAGUGGCCUGGAUGAAUAUUUUAGGUAUCUAGAGCUGGAGUUGAGUAAGGUAAAGCUGGUGCUAUCUGAACCUCACAAGCAGUCUCCCAAAUCCAAAGCGCUACGCACAGCUACAAUGAGGCGGAGGAAACGGCAGCUGACGCACAUGAGGCAGCAGCACCUGGAUGAGGUGCUCAGCCCCGUCACCACACCUGAGGAAGAGAAGAGUGUCAUCCAUCGCAUCAAACACGUGGCAGGAUCCACACAGACCAGACACAUCCCAGAGCACAGAUCUGAAGGCCUGGCUCUCUACAGUGUUUCCAAACUCCUGCUUAUAAUCAGCUCUGUCCUGGUGCUGCUGGUCUUUUUGAACAUGAUGCUGUUUUAUAAGCUAUGGAUGCUGGAAUACACGGCUCAGAGUUUGACCUCCUGGCAGGGUUUCAGAUCUCAUGAAAGUAAACUUCCAGAGACGCAGAUUGAAUGGGCUCAGCUUUUGGAAUCUCAGCAACAUUUCCAUGAAAAUGAGCUGGAGAAAUGGAGGGAAAUAAUAAAGUCCUCUGUGCUUUUGUUAGAUGAGAUGAGAGAGUCUCUAAUGAAGCUACAGAAAGGUAUGGGGAUAAACGACUACAAUUCAGACAGUGGAGAGAGUCACUAUCACUGACACUGAACAGAGUCCCGUCUCAGGGAAUGUGAAGAUCAUCUCCACAUGUAAGCGUUCAGAUGAGCUGAGCCGAGCCGGCACUGACUGAGCGACUCUCACGGUCCUGCUGACAGCAGACACUGAAGGAAACCCAGUACUGUAAUUUCUGUCUUCUCUGCGAAGAAAGAGACGGGGGGAAAGAGAAAGCAGUCGCUUGGUUGGUAUUUUUAUCCAGGGCUAAAACAAAAUCAACCAAAACAAUCCAACUGUUACUGCAAAACGGGCACAGACUCUCUGGUCGAAACACUCAGAAACCUUCAGCAGAUGUUGGAACUCGACAGCAUCCUUUUCUUUUUAAAACCUUUUGGAUUCUGGGACCAGAGAAAGUAAAUAUGAAGUUACAUGGACAUGUACACAUUUAUUUAUAAAACAAAAUAUGUAAUUGAAUGAUACCGUGAUAAAUAUGAAGAUGACAUUUCUAUGUAGAGCUAUAUUUGUUGCCAGAGUACAUUUGUAACAGGCUUCCAUGGAGAAUCAAGGCUGGUUCCUUGAUAACUUGAAACAUGGUGCAUCAACUAUAUGCAACUGGUUCAUCCUCCCCUGUUUGGAGGAACAACUUCUUCUGAUUGGUUGAUUAGCAAUGGCGAAAGAGCCACAGUCAAUUAGGUUGAACAGUAGAACCAUAUACUGUGUUCCCAAAGUUUCAGGAAUGAUUCUGCAUAUUUAUACAGGAUUCACUCUCAAAAUAGCACUUAUUGACAAAGUGAUAACCAUAGCAAUGGAUGGGUGAAAAAUAUAUUAAGUCUAGAUCGAGCACCCUAACUAACUCCAGAAGCACCCUCAUUGAUCUAAUUCUGGAAUAGUGUCUGGUGCAGAGUAAACGCUUUUCCACUGCAUGGUACGGCUCGGUAUGGUUCACUUUUGGGGGAUUUCUAGCGAGAGCUUGAUGGGGUGGCACAGAAUAAAAAAAAGUUUUUCAGGAGUUGCGGAAGUAUAAUAACGCAACUAUAAUGACAUGAAUAAUCCCGCCCACUCUAAAGUGGUACUAAACUACAGUGGAAACGUAAGCCGAGCCAACGCUAUAUCUCGACCGAAUUGUUUGUAUUUGACAAGGUGGCUAAUUCGUACGAAUUCAUAUGAGCUCACUCAUACGAUUUUGUAAGAUUUGUCUAGACCCCAGUGACGGGUAUGUUUAGGGGCGGGGUUAGGUGUAGGACAUUCGUACGAAUUCAUACGAAUUGUGCAACUCGUAAAAUACGUACGAUUUAGAACAAUGACUUCAUGACUUCAAUUAGCCUCCUCGUAAAAUAUGUACGAAUUGCUGUGAGAUCAGGCUGGCCGAGCCAAGUCGUACCACGCAGUGGAAAAGCGCCAAUAUAAGAAAUCCGUUUAAGGUUGAUUUCCCUGAAAAGUGAAACGCUGUGGCUCUGUGGUGCUAUCAAAACAUCCCAACCAUCUUGACACUGCAUUGGCUCAAACAAUAGCGUGAGUUUGGGGCAGGACCCAAACUUUUAUUUAAAAAGAUGGUUUGUGAUCGCUUUUGAUGAUCAUGAUCGUAAACUUUUUGUCACAGGGCUUGUUUUCUGCAAUAAACCUAAAGCAGAUGGAAAAAUACUAUUGGGUUUUUUGGUGAUGGAAACAGGGUGAUGCUAACUUAUGUCCUGCAAAAAUAUUUCAGCACUCCAGCACUCUGUUGUGAAGAAGAGUAUGGGUUGCAGUAACGGUUGUGAAACAUUAGUGGUUAUCCACAGCAGGUCCACUCCAGCCAAUAGAAUCCAUGCAUUUGUUAAUGAGUUAUUGUUAUAUGAAUGUGUUUCUGCUCUCCCUCAAGGUUUGUUUAUAUCCUGCGGGAAGCUGUACACACCUUCAUAUUGCCAAGCUUUCAGUUUAAAACCAUUCCAUUAUUUGUUUUUUUCAUGUUGUAAGUUGUUUUUGUGUUUUGAUGCUGAACCAGCUGCUGGACGGGUGAUAGAUGCACAUUGGUCAUGUGAUGUGAGAAAGAAUGGUUUUAUAAGUGUAGUAGAGCUGGAGAGACUUAUAUCUUGAAGUGACCAACAGUUGGUGUGUUAAGACGGAACUGUGAAAAAUCCAUAUUAUGCUUGAAUUAAUAAUGAGAAACUGUUUAGAAACUUACAUAAUAAAAAAUCAACCUCAUAAAAAAGUUAUCUCUAUCCUCUUGAGGUGUCAUACUAAAAAGCUUUUCUUACACAAACUCCCACACACAAGUACUGGAGUUGAUGGUAUUUAUAGUUGGAGCUACAGUCCUAGAGUGGCCUUUAUUGAUACUGAGCUCAUGUUGGUGACAUGGGUUCGAGUCUAGCUUGUUUUAAUUCCUGUUCCCUCCUUUAGUUCAGCAGGCAAGAAAUAAAAUUAGAAAUGUAUCUAAGAUCUAAGAUCUAUUUCUAAGCAAUUUGGCAAUUUAAAAAUCAGGUGGUUUUUGUGGAGUCAUCCACUAGUUUCUGAUUGGUGUAUCUUUAGUAUCUAGCGUUUAAACCAGUAUUUGAACUAAUGAAAAGAGACAUAGCUGAUUGCUGUCUUAUGUGAUGUGAAACUUUCUCAGAUGGACUGGUCUAAUGUGGUCACUCUGAGCCAUUUCUGAGCCUCUGCAGCCCCCUGUUGGCUUUAGUGGCAGACCCCUUAUCCUACUUUAAGCAACAAGGGCAAUUAAAAAAUGGUAGAUAACUAAAAAAUAACAUCUGCAGGCUGUAGUGAUCAGCUUGUACUGUUUAUGCUAGGGGGUCGGUUAGCUUUUAAGGGCAGACCACACACAAAAUAAAUUUUCUUGAUGCUUAUGAUCAUUGAAAUCAAUCCAGAAAAAGGACUAUGGUUCAUGGUCAUCUCUGUAUUCAUCCUCAUAGUCAUUAAACCAAAAGGCAGUAUUAAAUGUGCAAUGCGUGUUCAAGUAGAGUGUGCAAGUGCUGCUAAAAAUCCCCAUGAAACGUCUGCGUGAAUGUAUUUUCUAGGUGUAAGAUGACAUAACCUGCUGGUUUUGGAUGCACGGGUGAUUUAGAAGGCGUAAUGUCUUUUGAUGCGAAGCAUAGGGAGGCCUCUGCAAUGGUACCACAUUGCUCACUGUCAGGCCCUAAAAGUAUUAUUUUUCAAGUUCUGCUGACAAUAUUAUUUUGUACUGUAGCCUAUGUACACAAACAGGAUGGUUGCUUUCCUAUGGCCAUGACUGUUAUGGUCUAGAGACAGAUGGGACAUUAAUUUACAAUGUUUUUUUAAAGGUCAUGUCAAAGCCAGGAGCAAAACACUGAGGUAAAAACACACCAGUUUUUUUUUUUUUCUUUUUCUGAAACAUUGAAAAACAACAACAAUGUAAUUACAACAGUGAGGUUUUUAUUUUAAUUAUUAAAACAUUUACAAAAUGUAUAUAGCCUACACACAAUUAUACUGCAAUGUAUGUAUAUGUUGUGUACAGUGCACAUCCUACAUGCGCUGGCCGACUGCAGGAUGUCUGAAAACCCUUUCAGAAAAGUUUAUAAAUAACUAUACAAUUUGUGUUGUCAAGAAUAGGCGGAAUGAAUAAAAGUAUUUAAAAGAUA